GCACCACACAGAGGCCGCUGACAUGGCGUCCAAGAUUCGGCGGCUAGUUCUGGCUGUUGCUGCAAUCCUUGCAGUCGUAGCACAUGCUGCCCGCGUUGCUAUCUUUCUGGAAGAGCACGAGACUGCCACAUCGAACAGCUUUGGCGUGUACUUUGGUCACCUGCACGAACGAGGACAUGAAGUUUCAUUAUUCCAUCAGUCGUCUCCCAGCUUCGCCCUGUUCUCGUAUGGCGUGCUACAAUACGAUCAUGUCGUGAUCUUGGCCCCAUCGCUCACGACAUUAGGAGCAACUGUGCUGGACAAAAAGUCGCUUUUGUCGUUUGUCGAGCAGGGCGGGAAUGUGAUCGUUGCGGGAAGCUUGCGAUUGUCGACCAUGUUGCGCGAGUUCGCGGCGGCUUUGGGAGUCGCGUACGACAAGAAAGGAACAGUUGUGAUGGAUCACGUGCAUCACGUUGGAGACAAGAGUGACGUUUACCACUCCCAUUUGACAACCCAACGAUGGAUCCAGUCACCGCUCGUGGUAGGCCAUCCCUCAAAGCCAAUUUUCUUCAACGGCAUUGGCAUGGCGCUGGAUGCGACCAAUGUUCUUGGCGUCAAGGUCCUGUCAGCGGAACCAACGGCGUACUCGGCGUCUCCUACGAAGCAUCCUCUCGAACCUACCUCUGCAACGUUCGGGACAAAUGUCGCUCUCGUCACAGCCAUUCAAGCCAGGAACAAUGCACGCGUGAUCUUCACGGGCUCCGUGGAUUUAUUCAAGGACACGUACUGUUCGACCUCGUCGAGCUAUGGUAACGGCGCCUUCGUUGAGGCAGUGACGAAGUGGGCAUUCGGCGAGCGGGGUGUCCUGCGCGUUUCCAAUGUCCAUCAUUCCAAGGAAGACGGGUCCUUGCCAGAUACGAUGCUAGGUCCGAUCGACCGUCCCGAUCAGCCCAUUACUCUCUACCCGGACGCCGAAGUGGCUCGAAAUUCUCUGGUUUACCGCAUCAAGGACAACGUGACGUAUUCAUUUGACGUGCAUGAGCGACAAGAAGAUGGCACAUGGACUCCGUUUGCCGCCGACGACAUGCAGCUUGAAUUCGUCAUGCUGGAUCCGUACGUGCGCAAGACGUUGGCCCACAACGGUGACGGCCAUUUCUCAGCAACAUUCACGGCCCCCGACGUGUACGGCAUCUUCCAGUUCCGAGUCAUGUACCGUCGGGUGGGGUACUCGGUGCUCCACUGGACGACCCAGGUCAGCGUUCGGCCAUUCAAGCACGACGAGUAUGAACGAUUCCUCCCGGCGGCCUACCCUUACUACGCCUCGGCCUUCUCGAUGAUGGCAGGCGUGUGGCUAUUUACCAUUCUCUUCUUGCUUGGCCACGACUAGGUGCUAUUCCUGAAAUAGUGAAAAUAUUGUGCUAACUGGAAUUAUCAAAAUAUUUUAUGUGGAC